AUCAGAUUUAAGCAUUAGAGCCGUAUCAAUCUAUUUCGGAAACAUUAAUUAAUUUAAUAAUUUCCGAAUAUUCAUCUUCCCGUGAGAUCUCCGCCAUUAAAGGAAGAAUCGAAACAAAAAAUCACCAUCAAAGAUCCGUGCUUUGAGUUAGUUAGGAGAGAAAAUUCCUUAUCUUCAACGUUUUCCGACCAUGAGUGUAAGAGACGAAGAUAAGACUCCGGCGGAUAAUAACACCGGAGGAGAGGAGAACAAGCCGCCGGAGAUAAGAAGAAGAAGAAGAUGGCGAUUCAAUUCUCCUCUAGCUCAAGUGAGCCUAAUGGGUUUCGUCUGUUUCUGUUGUCCAGGAAUGUUCAACGCUCUCUCCGGCAUGGGAGGCGGUGGUCAAGUCGAUCCCACCGCCGCUAACAACGCUAACACCGCCGUUUACACCGCUUUCACCGUUUUCGGCGUUCUAGGCGGCGCGUUUUACAACGUCCUCGGUCCACGGCUCACGUUAGCCGCAGGCUGCUCGACUUACGUUCUCUACGCCGGAUCUUUCCUCUACUACAACCAUCACCACCACCAAGCCUUCGCCAUCGUCGCCGGAGCUCUCCUCGGUUGCGGCGCCGGACUUCUCUGGGCCGGAGAAGGAGCGGUGAUGACGUCAUACCCUCCGCCGCAUCGUAAAGGCACUUACAUCGCUUUGUUCUGGAGUAUCUUCAACCUCGGCGGCGUAAUCGGCGGAUUAAUCCCGUUUAUCCUCAACUACCACCGUAGCUCCGCCGCAUCGGUCAACGACGCGACGUACAUCGCGUUCAUGUGUUUCAUGUUCGCCGGCGUUCUCCUCUCUUUAGGAAUCCUCCCGGCGAACUCUGUUAUCCGUAACGACGGAUCUAAAUGCUCCGCCGUGAAAUACUCCAGUCCGUCGACAGAGUUCGCCGCCGUUCUCCGUCUCUUCCUUGAUCGGAAAAUGCUCCUCAUUUUCCCGGCGGCUUGGGCUAGCAACUUCUUCUACAGCUAUCAAUUCAACAACGUGAAUGGACUUCUCUUUAACCUGAGAACCAGAGGAUUCAACAAUGUCUUCUAUUGGGGAGCUCAAAUGGCCGGAUCGAUUACAAUCGGAUACAUAAUGGAUUUCAGCUUCAAGAGCCGGAGAUCAAGAGGAUUCGCCGGAAUAUCUUUAGUCGCGGUGAUCGGAACAGUGAUUUGGGCAGGAGGUCUAGCGAAUCAGCACGGUUACUCGUUUGAGAAUCUGCCGGAGAAGAAACUUGAUUUCAAAGACUCCGGCAGAGAAUUCGCCGGGCCGUUCGUGUUGUAUAUGAGCUAUGGAUUGUUAGAUGCCAUGUAUCAGAGUAUGGUGUAUUGGUUGAUCGGAGCACUCGCUGAUGAUUCGCAGACUUUGAGUAGAUACAGUGGAUUCUACAAAGGAGUGCAGAGUGCAGGAGCUGCAGUGGCUUGGCAAGUGGAUACACGUAAGGUUCCUUUAAUGUCACAGCUUAUUGUAAACUGGUCACUCACUACAGUAAGUUAUCCUUUACUGGUUCUUCUUGUCUUCUUGUUUGUUAAAGACGAAGAUGAUGCUGAUGAUGUUAGUGGUAAUAAUAAGGUUUAGAGUUUAGUAUACAGCAGAAAUUUUGUUUGUUUGUAACUUGUCUUGUUUCGAGUACAAAUCUUAAAUGUUUGCCUUGAAGUACACAUAUGACUGACAAUCAAUAGUUAAUGGAUCUAACAGUAACAGAGAGAAACAAAGAUUUGAAGGCAGUGACAUGUCUCUAUUUCUUUAUGGUUCUUAUAAAGUAAAGACCUUUGUGGAGUCUUU